AUGGGCAAGUCCGAGUCCGACCACUACAAGACGCUGGGGCUCCGGCGAGACGCCAGCAAGGCCCAGGUCAAGGCCGCCUUCUCCCGCCUCGCCCUCCUCCACCACCCCGACUGCAACGACACCGACCGCCACGCCCGCGCCGACGCCGCCACCCGCCGCUUCCGCCUGGCCUACGACGCCUACCACGUCCUCUACGACGACACCCGCCGCGCCGAAUAUGACCUCCGCACCGCCCCCUCCCCCUCCUCCUCGGCUUGGAGUCGCUUCGGGUACGGCGGCGGCAAGUCCCGCUCCUCCUCGGCCUCGACCUCGAGUGGCGAUAGGUAUGGCGGGGCCUCCUCCUCCUCCUCCCCGGAUCCGGUUCGCCACAGGUACCGCCACGGCGGCUACCAGGACUGGCCUUCCGCGACUCGGAGGGGAAACGAAAGUCUGGGCGUUUGGAUGAAGGCGAAUUGGUGGCCCUUGCUCUACUGUGCACUGAGGACCGUAGAACUUGUGGUAGAUGGCUGCAGGAAGUAUAAUACCUGGAAAUCAUCAAGGAAGGAGUCGAUAGAGAAGGAAGCAGCAAAGUCAAAAGAGAAGAUGGGCGAUGAGCCGUUGGAAGAGGAAGAGUAUGUAGUAGUCUAGCUUCACAUGCCUGUGCAAAGUGUGAGAGAGCAAUGCUCAAGGUUGUUACUCUUGCCAUUCU